AUGAUGAAGCGGAGUCUCAGAGCAGCUUCUCAACGUCUCACGUCACGGCCUCUGUCUUCCUCUUCAGUAUAUGUUCCUCCCCCAGUCCAAAUUACUACGCUGCCCAACAAAGUCCGAGUUGCCACCGAGUCUACACCGGGUCACUUUGGAGCUUUAGGAGUCUAUGUCGAUGCUGGGUCACGUUAUGAAAGCCCGAGGAUGUCAGGCUGUAGUCACAUACUGGACCGCAUGGCAUGGAAGAGUACGCACACCCGAACAGCUGACUCUGUCUCUGAGCAAAUCGAUGCAUUAGGAGGACAGUUUCUCUGCUCCUCCUCCCGCGAGACGAUCAUGUACCAGGCUUCGCACUUUACCCAUGACGCACCGGCCGCACUCUCCAUCAUCUCAGAUACCAUUCAAAACUCGCUUUUCCUACCGGAAGAACUAGACGCACAACGAGACGCAGCUGCCUACGAAGUUCGGGAAGUGAACGCCAAACCUGAGAUGAUAUUGCCCGAGAUUAUACACACAGUUGCUUAUCGGGAUAAUACGCUCGGCAACCCACUAUUGUGUCCCGAAGAAAGGAUCGACCAGAUUGAUGGUCCAUUACUGAAGGAGUUUGUCAGGACUUGGUUUAGGCCCGAGCGUAUGGUCGUUGCGGGUGCUGGUAUACCCCACGAAGAACUGGUAGAGCUCGCCCAAAAGCAUUUUGGAGAUAUAUCGGUUCCUGCGGCCGCCCCCCAAAAGGUCCCCACGCAUUUACUCAACUCUUCCAAGUCUCAACAACAACCUUCAUUAUACAAGAGCUUGACGACGGCAGCGACGUCGUUCCUGCACAACCCUUCCGAACCAUCAUUCUCAAACCUUGCUCACGCCCGAGCCAACUACACUGGAGGACACGUCUUCAUCCCACGCCCAGAUCUCGACCUCACCCACAUGUACGUCGCAUUUGAAGGUGUACCGAUCCACGAUCCCGAUAUCUACGCACUUGCCACGAUGCAAAUCCUUCUCGGUGGCGGCGGCUCGUUCUCAGCUGGCGGGCCAGGAAAGGGCAUGUACUCGAGGUUAUACACCCAUAUCCUCAAUCACCACCCUCAAAUCGACCAUUGUGCGGCUUUCCAUCACAUUUACACCGACUCGAGUUUGUUUGGCAUCAAUACUGCAUUGCACCCCAGCACAACGCCAUCUCAAGUCCUUCCCGUGAUCGCGCACCAGUUCUCUAUGCUUCUGUAUAAGAAUGUCCCAGCUGCCGAGCUUCAACGCGCUAAGAACCAACUCAAGUCUUCGCUGGUAAUGGCGCUCGAGUCGCGCGCUGUGGAAGUCGAGGAUCUGGGCCGACAAGUGCUGGUGCAUGGCCGCAAGAUUGGUGUAGAUGAGAUGUGUGAUAAGAUUGAUAACGUUGGGCCUGCUGAUAUGCGGCGCGUUGCUGGAAGAGUGUUUGGCGAAAGCGGAUCGAGGGCAAGUGUGAUCGUUAUGGGCGCGGAGGAUGUGAAGGACCCAGUUGGGGUUUUGAAGAGCUAUGGCGUUGGGAAAAGUUGA